AUGUCUUGGUUUGGUUGGGGCGGUUCCUCCGAGAAGACAUCUCAUUCGACUCUGGAGACGCCAAGUACGCCCAUAGAUCUUACUGAUGGAGGUGGUGGAGUGUCCUUCAGUAUUGACGAUCACGCAUCUCAAUGUUCUGUUCAGGCAAACUCUCCGUUCUCCACUCCUGUACUUGCUCUCGAUCAAAUUAAAAGCGCUGGGGUGCCUGUGACGAGGCAAAUGACUCCUUACUUACAGAUGGACCCCUCAAUGUUCAUCUCUUCACAGCCGCAGUAUAUUAUGCCCGAUGGUGGAACUGGUACUUCUGGCAAAGGAAAGUUCGAAUUCGCUCUCGGACAUAUUGGUUGGGCUGUAGGUAGUGGAUUUGCAGUUGGUUCAAUAAGAGGAGCUCUUGGAGAACUGUUAAAUCCUGAGACGAGAAAGCUGGUAACGGGGAAGCCUUGGAUGACUCGUAUGGUAAACGCAACAGUCAAGCACGGAUCAGGAUAUGCUCAACCAGCUGGUGCCGUUGUUUUCAUGUACUCUGCGUUAGAAAUUGCACUACGUUCUGUUCGUGCAGAGGACGAGUUGAAUUGUCUGGGUGCCGGCGCGCUAACAGGUGCGAUCUACCGUAGUCCUUACGGACUAAGAGCAAGUGGAAUAGGUGCGUUUGUUGGCAUAGCACUAGCGGCAGCAUGGACGAUAGCUAAUCCUGAUAGCAGACAGCGGAUUUCAGAGAUAUUUGCUUAG